AAGAGUCUCGACGUGGUUCGUGCAGCUCCAAAAUUCAAUCCAGACGUCGACUACAGUGGAACAACUCGAAUUCAUAAGUUUCAGUUAAAUUUUACAUUCGAUUAAAUUUGUCAAUUGAAGAACAGCAACAAUGAGAGUCACCGGGGCUUUCGUAUUGUUGUGCUGUUUAGCACUGUCGUUCGCCGAUAUUGAGACGGAGGAUGAGGUCCUCGUCCUGGGAAAAGACAACUUCGAUGAGGCAUUGAAAGCUCAUCAGUACAUUCUCGUUGAAUUUUAUGCCCCAUGGUGCGGUCACUGCAAAGCCCUCGCUCCAGAGUACGCCAAGGCUGCUAAAAAGCUGAAAGAGCAAGGCUCAGAGAUUAAGCUUGCCAAGGUUGAUGCCACCGUUGAAUCCGAGCUCGCUGAGAAAGUGGGAGUACGUGGUUAUCCCACCCUCAAGUUUUACAGGAAUGGUUCCAUGAUCGAGUACGUCGGUGGCCGUCAAGCCGACGAUAUCAUUAGCUGGGUAACAAAGAAGAUCGGACCAGCAGCCAAGGAUUUGGCCUCAGCUGAUGAAAUUAAACAAUUCAUCGACGAUAACAAUGUCGGAAUCGUUGGCUUCUUCAAAGAUCAGGAGUCCGAGAAGGCGAAAAUCUUCAUGGAUGUCGCUAAUGCUGUUGACGCUCAUAUCUUUGCUAGUGUGUCCGAUGAGGCUCUUUUCGGUGAGUACAACGCUGAAGAUGGAACCAUCAUCCUUUUCAAGAAAUUCGAUGAGCCUCGCGCUGUCUUCGAGGGUGAAUUGACCGCUGACGAACUCAAGAGAUUCAUAACAAUCGAAUCCCUUCCCAUCAUUGUCGACUUCAACCAGGACACAGCUCAGCAUAUCUUCGGUGGUGACAUCAAGAGCCAUCUUCUUUUCUUCAUCAGUAAAGAGGCUGGACAUUACGACGAGUACAUUGAUAAAAUCAAGGGAGUUGCCAAGCAAUUCAAGAAAGACAUUCUAUUCGUUACCAUCAAUGUUGAUGACAAUGAUCACGGCAGGAUUCUCGAAUUCUUCGGAUUGAAGAAGGACGAGGUACCUGACAUGAGAAUCAUCAAUCUCGAACAGGAUAUCACCAAAUACAGGCCGGAAAAGACUGAAAUUAAUGCUGAAAAUUGUCUCGAAUUCGUCAAGGCUUUUGUCGAUGGUAAACUCAAGAGACAUCUGCUCACUCAGGAACUUCCUGACGAUUGGGACCAGGAGAAUGUCAAAGUACUUGUUGGCACCAAUUUCGUUGAUGUUGCUAUGGAUAAGAGCAAAAAAGUUCUCGUCGAAUUUUACGCUCCAUGGUGCGGCCACUGCAAGCAGCUCAUUCCAAUUUAUGAAGAGCUCGCUGAGAAAUACAAGAACAGUGAGGAUGUUGUCAUUGCCAAGAUGGACGCCACUGCUAAUGAACUUGAGGAAGUCAAGGUCAACAGUUUCCCAACGAUUUACUUGUACAAGAAAGACACUAAUGAGGCCGUGGAAUACAGUGGUGAAAGAACAGUAGAGGGUCUCAGCAAAUUCAUCGAAUCAGAUGGUACUUAUGGUCAAUCCGCCAAGGAAACCCAAGAAGAGGAUGAGGACGACGAUGUGCCAAGGAAGGAUGAACUUUAAAUCAUCAAAUGCACAAAGAAUGCAAAAUAAAAAAUUAACACAAAGCGUCAUACUAAUAUUCGCGGCCCACACCCUUUCGCUUCUCAAAUUGACAAUCGACCCCGUCUAGACCUCAUUCCCGUUCCAUCAGUGCCGCAUUCAUCUUCACAGGUCUCGUAAACCUUCGAGAAAUUGAGAGAUAAUCUCAAUGGAUCCAAUGAUAUUCUUCCCGGGGAGAACUUGGUGUCCAUUCAGACUCAUUUCAGCAAUUCCAAGUGCUGGAAUGAAAGCCAUCCUCGGUCAAGUAGAGUCGGAUCUAGUUUUUAUAAUGAUUUCAUCCAUUUUUUUCUCUUCAAUCUGUAAGUUCUUAGUUUCAAUUGAUAUAUCUCACUGUUCGUAGUUGAAUUAUUUUAAAAAUAACGCUGGGUAUAAUUCCAGAUUGUUUAUUACCUUCAUAAUGAAUCUUCUGAAUAAAGUGAGGGCAUUUCUGGGAUUUUUAAAAUAUUACCAAGUGUAGUAGGGAAACGGUGAGACUUGCAAUAACGGAAUUAUCUCCUUUCAAAUUAUUAUUUGCGAAUGGGUUGGAAAAUUUUUCGAAAUCCGUUUGUUUAAUUAAUCAUCCAGAUAUAAAAUGACUUGUCACGAACUACGCUGAUUUGUUGAAUACCUCCAGGAUUAUUCUGGUAAUUGGUGAUUGUAGAGAAAAUCAUUCCUAUUUGAGAUUCACGAUUAAGAACAGGUGCCCUUUUUAUUCGUUGAAUAUUGGAAUCGUCCUCAUCAAUUAUUUUCAUGUUCUAAUAUGCCGGGAAACUUCGAGUGCUGCACCAUGCAGCAAUCGAGUGAUUGACCAAUCUCGGUUUUGAAACAUGAAUCAAUGAAUACGAGGGCAAUAAAAAAAAUUAAUAGAUGCAAGGGUUUACCGUUUGGAAUGUUUCACCACAUUCAUCAAAAGUUUGAGGCAAUUUUUAUUUUUAUAAAGCAAGAAAAUAAUUAUAUACAGGUUUCCUUAUUUUAAGUAAUGCAUCUGUCAAUUCCCUAGCCACAAUCAUUCCACCAUGAAGAGAAGUGAUUCCCAAAUAUUUUAUAUAUCUUCAUGAUGCAAAAUUGAGAACUGAAAGAAAUAAAAAAAAAUGGAAUUUUGAUAUUAAAUCCAAUGUAUAUGAGGAACAAUGGUUGUUAUGUGAGAAUUUAACUGUAUUAAAUAAUGUGAAUUGC